AUGUCUAGCAACAGCCAGAGCAUGAGCUUCAACGCUGGUCAAGCUAAAGGCCAGACCCAGGAGAAAGCAAGCAACCUGAUGGACAAGGCCUCCAAUGCUGCCCAAUCUGCUAAGGAAUCUCUCCAAGAGGGUGGACAGCAGCUGAAGCAGAAGGCACAGGGUGCGAGUGAGACCAUUAAGGAAAAGACCGGUCUGAACAAAUGA